AUGGCUGUUGCAGUGUCCUAUCCCUAUGAAACCUCUACUACAGCGUUGCGACCGACCUCAACCUUCAGAACGAUACCUCCUCCAAGACAAAACAUACUCAUCCUUUACGCAUCCCAACCCUUAGCUCUCACAAUCGCUCGCGUCCUUGCACGCGCAGGUCACACUAUCGUUGGCGCUGACGUAGAAGAGGUCUGGUUGACAUCACCUGCACGAUGGUCCCGAGCCUACACGCGCUUCGAACCCCUCGACAUCAACAACUUCGACACCUCGGUCCUUCGCCUGUGGCGCAAACUCCAUCACGAAUUCGACCUCAUAUUGCCCUUCGGGCGUGUACCGACAUGCCUACAGCAAGCGGCGAGGAACAGUGACGCAGUCCUGGUCCACCGUGAUCUGUUUCCGGACGAAGACACCUUCAUCACAUUCCUCUACCAUCGCGUUGCCCAAGAUGAUGACAAUAUCACGUUGCCGAUGCAGUUCAUACUCCAGAAGCCCAGCGACGUUUGGAAGGUAUUGUGUCUGAACGACACUGCGAUCCAGUGGAGAAUCAACAAGCCGAAAGCGCAUCGCCGCGACGAAACAUUUCAACACAGUGAUAAUCCAACUUCGGACACAGAGAAGAUACCGGCAAUCAUGACCGGCUGGUCCACCAUUUGUAUGGACGCAAUCGGCCAAGAAACUAUCGCAGAGAUAGAGGACCACAUAUUCCGACUCGGAAUCUCGCACCACGAACCGUGGAUCAUGGCAGAAGUACCUCGCGGGCAAAGGUACACUGCAAACUGCCUCGUCAACGGCUCCUCCCUCCGCACCAUGAUCGUCACCCGUGACGAGGACCACGGCCUGGGGAAGAAAGACGACUGUUGCGUCGUCACCCACCACGACAUGCACUACUCCUUCAUCAAACGCUUCGUCGAGCGCUUCGUACAGCAAUACGCGCGAUCGAACGGGCGCUUCCUCCCCCCAUACGUCUCCUCCUCCGGCUUCGACACUGCUCACCUCAACGGCGACGACGAACCGUAUCCCCCUGCCGAAGAGGGAGCGAAGAAACCAUUCGCGACGCACCUGAGGAUGGAGUUCCGCAUAGAGCAGGUACACGAGUACCCAAAUACCAGCUACAUCAUCCACCCCUCCUCCUGCACAUCCGAACACCACGAGUCGCUCGCCCUGCUCGUGCCAUCCACCGCCUCAUCCCGCGACCACUUCGCGCAGGCAUACACCGAGCUUCGAAACAUACCCGGCAUCGAAACAUUCGAGUACGAACACAGUCCGCGGCUCAGGGGGAUAUAUUCGCUCCCCACAGUGAUGGGAGUGGCAUGGGAAAUGUUGGGGAACCUGCAGUUCUGGCGGGUGGGAUUCUGGGUUAAUGUCGCGUAUUUCAAUAUGAUGUUCUGGGCGCUGGUGGUGUGCUUUAAGGAGGAGAGCUGGGACUUUUGGGACCCGGGGCCGGCGGUGGUGAGGUGGGUUGUCUGUGGAUGUUUCGGGGGGAUUUUGAGGGCGUGGGAUUGGAGAUGA